CACCUGUCCUGAGUGUCCAAACCGGGUCCUUGAGAAGAGCAGCAAGAACUGUUAAGUGCUCUUAACCACUGAACCACCUCUCCAGACCCAGAUUUAUGUUUUUAUUUUAUAUGUAUGUUUGUCUAUUUAAUAGAUGUACUCCAUGUAAGUGCAGUAGCCAGAAGGGUACAUACAUCAAAGGGUUGUGCGCCAUCACCUGGUGCUGGGACCUGAAACUGAAUUCGAGGCCAGCCUGGUGAGUUCCAGGAGAACUAGGGCUACAAAGAUUAGAAACUGAAAGGUAGAAAACUGAAGUGCUGUGGUCUCCCAUACAGCUUAUCUGGGUGGAGAAGAGGCGGACCCCUCAGGAAGAGACGAGAGCUCUGAAGGGUGCAGCUGCCAGACGCCGCCCAGAGCUCAAAAGUAAACAAGCUGGAGCCGAGGGCAGGGCUCCGGCAACCCUCAGGGCUCCAAGGCCCCAGCAGUCACUCCCCUGCAGUGCUCGGAGCCCACGCGGGGGUGAGGGGCACAUCUCCAGGGAAGAUGGCCCUCAUCCAGGUGGCGAGCCCUGCAGGGACCCCUGAAAAAAGACACACCCAUCAAGUCCGCGCUGUCAGACCCGCCCCUCUCUCUUGCUAACACUCCACCCUACCCCACCCCCACUUCAGAGGUUAAACAGUUUCUUGUUCCCACAGGCAGUUGGAAUCUCUCUAAGGUCUAGUAACUCAGGCAGAGCAGACUCGGACAGUGCCCACACCAUGUGGGUUCUUAUCUUCUGGUUCCUGAGUGGCCUCCCGGACAGCGGAGCGCGAUUGCAUUCUCUGCUGUACUCCUACACGGCUGUGACAGCGCCAGGUCCCAGGGUCCCUGCGUUUUCUGCCACCGGCUUCAUCGACGACCAGCCCUUCAUCCACUACAACAGCAACAGCAUGAAGGCAGAGCCUUCUGUUGCCUGGCUGAGGGAAAAUCCAGGGUACUUUGCUGACGAGACCCAGGUCUUCACCAAUCGGAUGAAGAUUUUCCAGCUCAGCCUGAGAAAUAUACAGCAGUACUACAACAGCUCUGGGACCCAGCGUCAGAGGGCAGAUGACUUCCGCCAGCACGCGGGCCCUCACACCCUCCAGUUCACAUACGGCUGUGAGAUGAGGGAUGGCAGACGUACCACAGGACAUUGGCAAUAUGGCUACGAUGGCUGGGACUACCUGACCUUGGAUUUGGACUCUAUGCAAUAUAUAGCAGCCACAUUCAUUGCUGGUUACACCAAGCGCAAGUGGGAAAACAGUGAGUACUGGCUGGAGAAAGACAAGAGCUACUUGGAGAAGGAAUGCAUCCUGUGGCUGCAGAGAUACCUGACCCUGGGAGGAGAGGCGUUCACUCGCACGGACCCUCCCCAGACAAGAGUGACCCGCCAUCCCAGACAAGAAGGAGACGUCACCCUGAGGUGCUGGGCCCUGGGCUUCUACCCUGCUGAGAUCUCCCUGACCUGGCAGUUGGAUGGGGAAGAACUGAUUCAGGACAUGGAACUUGUGGAGACCAGACCUGCAGGGGACGGAACCUUCCAGAAGUGGGCAGCUCUGGUGGUGCCUUCUGGGGAGGAGCAGAACUACACAUGCCAUGUGCACCACGAGGGGCUGCCUGAGCCCCUCACCCUGAGGUGGGAGCCUCUUCAGCCCACUACCCCAACCACAGAAGUGUACGCUGGGGGCAGCAGACGUGAACGUACAGCAUUCUGGAGUGGCCUCAUAAUUAUUUUCUUUUUCAUAGUACUUACUGGAGUUACCUACUACAGAUUUAAGAGAUGGUUCGUCCGCUAUCAUCCUGAAGAUGAGAGGCUCUUGGGAUGAGGCUGAAGGGAACUAGUCCUCACCAAGUCACAACUGAGACUCUGUUCCCACCCGCCUACAAAUGGUGCCUACUGUCCGGCAAAGAUUCACAGAAGACCUAAAAAACAGAGUCUCACAGUCUCACACCAACCGCAGGAGAGAGACACGUACCUUGAAGUUGCAAGCACACCAUGAGCUACUCUGCAUGUGAUUCCCACAGUCUCUCCCGCUGGCCAUGACCAAGCUGGGUGGCGUGUCCCCGCAGCCUCUCAGGCUACAAAAAAGUGUCUCUUGCCGGGCGGUGGUGGCGCACGCCUUUAAUCCCAGCACUCGGGAGGCAGAGCCAGGCGGAUCUCUGUGAGUUCGAGGCCAGCCUGGGCUACCAAGUGAGUCCCAGGA